ACUACACAUCACUACCCCUCUCUUUCGUUCGUCAUAUCGCUUUAGCGUCGGCGUCGGCAGCAUAUUCGCUUUUUACAAAUGAACAUUUCCCUUCUUCCAAAGAUCUAAGAGUGGAACGUUGAUGGACUAAUUGAAGAGGACGCUUAGGUAAUAAGACUCCUUGAGAAGGACCUUUCUUCACAUCAGGAUCCGUUCGUCCUUUUUUUGCCAUGGACACCGUCUAAAUGUGGGUCCGGAAUCCGAUAGCCAUUCUUACAGAUUGGAACUAGCAGAAAUUAUUCUAAUGACGAGAAGGGGCAUAUGACCGUUGGCGUCUUGGUUCCAGGAUCCGUCUAUAUAAAGGGGCAAUAUGGGUUAUCCGUUCCCCACACAAUCCCCUUCCAAUACCCAUCUCUAACAUGCCUUCUACGUUCUCAUACCAGUUCGAUACCCCCUCACACAAGGGAAUCACCGAGUUCUCAACUGGUUUGUUCAUCAACGGCGAGUUCGUUGAUGGCUCCGAGAACAGUACAAUUGACGUCAUCAACCCUGCGACUGGCAAGUUGAUCACUAAGAUCUCUCAGGGUACUCCCAAGGAUGUCGACCGUGCUGUCGCCGCUGCGCAACACGCUUUCGAAACUAGCUGGGGUCUUAAGUGUCCCGGCGCCGAGCGUGCCAAGCUCAUGAACAAGCUUGCGGAUCUUAUGGAGGAGCAUGAGGACGAGCUCGCAGCUGUCGAAGCUCUCGAUAACGGCAAGACGUUCUAUUGGGCGAAGAACGCUGACCUCAAGGGUGCCAUUGACUGCAUUCGAUACUAUGCGGGCUGGGCAGACAAGAUUCAGGGCAAGACUAUCGAAACCAAUGAUGGCAAGCUCGUUUACACCCGCCACGAACCAUUGGGUGUCGUUGGUCAAAUCAUUCCCUGGAACUUCCCUCUGUUGAUGCUUUCAUGGAAGAUCGGUCCUGCACUCGCAACUGGUAACGCAAUCGUCCUCAAGCCCUCAGAGUUCACCCCUCUCUCUGCCUUGCUCACGGCCAAGCUCGCGAAGGAGGCUGGUUUCCCUCCUGGUGUUUUCAACGUAGUCAACGGCUACGGCGCUACUGUUGGCGCUGCGAUCGCAGAACACAUGGACAUCGAGAAGGUCGCCUUCACUGGUAGCACCCUCGUCGGCAGAAAAAUCAUGGAAGCUGCUGCCAAGACGAACCUCAAGAAGGUGACUCUCGAGCUCGGGGGCAAGAGCCCGAAUAUCAUCUUCGACGAUGCUGAUCUCGAAGCCGCCGUCAACUGGGCUGCAUUUGGUAUCUUCUGGAACCAAGGUCAAACUUGCUGCGCUGGUUCUCGUAUCUUCGUGCAUGCCAAGAUCUACGAUGAGUUCCUUCACCUAUUCACGGAGAAGGCGAAACAGGUCAAGGUUGGCGAUCCUUUCCACCCUGACUCGAAGCAAGGACCUCAGGUAUCAAAUGCCCAAUUCGAUCGUAUCAUGAGCUACAUUGAUUCUGGAAAAGACGAGGGUGCCACCGUCCACCAUGGCGGCGUCCGUGUCGGCGACGAGGGAUACUUCAUUUCCCCGACCAUCUUCACUGACACAAGGCCAGACAUGAAGAUCGUCAAGGAGGAGAUCUUCGGUCCGGUCGGUGUCGUGAUCAAGUUCGAUGAUGACGAGGACGUUAUUCGUCAAGCAAAUGACACAGUCUACGGCCUUGCUUGCUCCGUCUUCUCACAGAACAUCAACCGUGCACUUGAGACGGCACACAAACUGAAGGCCGGAACUGCUUGGGUCAACUGUGCGAAUAUGCUGCACGCUUCUGUUCCUUUCGGAGGAUUCAAGCAGUCUGGAAUCGGACGCGAGCUUGGCGAGUACGCUCUCGAAAACUACACUGCCGUCAAGGCUGUCCAUGUCAACUUCGGACACCAAUGGUCGGUCGCGUAAUCGUUCCGUUUCGUUUUCAUUGGGAUGGGGAUCCGGAGUAAAGUGAAGAAGUGUCAUCGUAUCAUAUGUAUUUUCUGUUUUGUUGCUGUAUCUCUAGCGCCUCUCAUCUGGAUUUCAAUUCUACGCAAUACCUCAU